GACAUUCUAGUGUUUAGUAAGACCCUCGACGAGCAUCAGAGUCAUCUCAGGCAGGUCUUGGAAAAGCUGAGGGAAGCUAAUUUCAAGAUCAAUGCAAAGAAGUGUGAUUGGGCAAAGACCCAAGUUUUGUAUCUAGGCCACGUCUUAGACGGAGAUGGCGUUAAGCCAGAGGAUAGCAAGAUCGCAGCGAUUAGAGAUUGGCCCACGCCACGUACGCUGACAGAGUUGCGCUCGUUCCUGGGCUUAGCUAAUUACUACAGGAAGUUCGUGAGGAACUUCUCCACCAUCGCUGCGCCCCUUCGCAGAUUGCUAAGAAAAGAGACAAUCUGGAAAUGGGACAAGGACUGCACGUCUGCCGUGAAGAAGCUAAAGCAGGCAUUGAUAGAGUACCCGGUCCUUAAGGUCGCCGAUCCGUCCUUGCCUUUUGUCGUUACUACGGAUGCUAGCCAGUACGGCAUAGGCGCAGUGUUACAGCAAGACGAUGGCAAUGGGUAUAGACCCGUAGAGUUCAUGUCCGCCAGAAUGCCUUCAGAGAAGGUGGCGACAUCUACCUAUGAGAGGGGAACUCUACGCUCUCAGGCAAGCGUUAGACCACUGGAAGCACUACUUGCUUGGGAGGCACUUUAAAGUCUACUCUGACCAUGAAACGUUACGAUGGUUAAAGACGCAG